CAAAUCACAGCGAAGGGAGGCACAGGUUUCCGGCCUAAUGAGCGAAAACACAACUCCAGUCUGAAAGACGAAGAAUAAAAGCUGCGUCUCGCAAAUCAUUUCACGGGUUACAUUUCCCAGAUACAGUCCUACUCUACUAUGCUCUAACAAAUCCCUAAUUUAUAUUAAGAGUCACACUGACAUGGCAUCUGUCCACUGAACUACUCUGUCUUCAGCCACUGCAUGCACCAAGCAUUGGUGUUGAACUUCCCAGCGGAUGAGACUGACCCACCAUCACCAUGGAAACAGACACAGAAGUUAUUCCUAUCUGGCAGAAUAAGCCUCAUGGAUCCACCCGUAGUGUUGUGAGAAGAAUAGGUUCCACUCUUCCACUCAGACCUCCACAAAGGGCAUGUUUCCAGGAACUACCGGGCCUGCCCCGUCUUCGGCCUAUGGAUGGCCCUAUGGUUCCUACCUUGGCAGACAUAGCCUGGAUUGUUGCAGAUGAAGAAGAGACAUAUGCCAGAGUGCGGAGUGACACUCGUCCUCUGAAACACGAAUGGCGGCCCACGCCUCUCCUGGUGCUCCACAGGAACUCAUCUGUACCCAACUUCCGCCGUGAGGGCAAAAGGGUGGAAGGGCUAAGGAAGCCGGGGGUGACGGCGAUGAACCGUACUACCGCCCUGCAGGAUGAGCUCAGCAGACUCCGUGCACAGAUAGCCAAGAUUGUGGCAAGUGAUUCUGGCUCAAACCCCCUGACCCCUGACCUGCUCUCCCCUGACGACACAAGUAUGAGCUUCUCCAUGGCACCGUUCGAGACGGCGCCCUACCAGCCGGCUGCCACGGCUGCCGCUUCCUUUGUCAUCAGUGAUGUCACGGAGGAGGAGGAAGAAGAGGAGGAGGAGCAGGAGGAAGAAGAGGAAGAUGUGGUCUCUGUGGUGUCAGAGCUUGUCCCUGACCCUCUGCCGCCUGUUUCCAUGACGGCAUCAGCGACCUUUGACCUGGACAGACCCAGCAUGGACUUCCGUGAGGCAGAGGAGGAUACGGUGUCGCUAUCAAAGUCCACCAGCUUUGCUGAUGUUAUGGACAUCCUGAAGGACAUGAACCGCAUGAAGAUGAGCAAGGACAGGUACAACAGAGGCUGUACGUCCCUCAGAGAGGAGGACUCGGCCUCUCUGAUUUCAGAAGCUCUGAGGAAAAAGUUUGUCUUGAAGGAAGAAGAUACGGACGCUGUGAAACGGAAGUAGCCUGAUCACGUGUUUAUCAUCAAUACCCGAUCCUGCGGCUCCAUAUAAGUCAGGACAGGAUUGUAGAGAAUUUUUUUUUUUUUUUUUAUAUUUUGUAUAAUGAGCCCUUGAAGGAAUGCGGUAGGUUAUCAUUGGCAAUGUUUUCAGUUUUAGGUCUCUUGUGGGUUCUUAGCAGUUGUUUCUCAUAAUUUUUAGGCCUUUGCCUGUGAAAUAUGUACCCAUGGAUCAACAACCUUGCUCCUCAGACCCAAGGCAAUAGCUGUCUACCAGAGCUAGAACAAAAAAAAUCACUUCGUCCCAGACAGUGCUGUUGCUGUGUGAGGGGGAACAGGCAAUUCUUGAUAACAAUAAUCAGUUCCAGCACUGCUUCGCAUAUUGCAUCCACUUUAUUUCUCUAUUAAAAAAAAACUUUUAUGUUUAAAUGUAUUUUGAAUAAGGACUCAACAGACUGCUGUCUGGAAACUUGCUCUGUGUCCGGACUGCUUUCAUUUUAGAUGCAAUUUAUUUUGAUUGUGUUAUAGAACAUUGUGGAGGGGCUGACAUGCAAACAUUUGUAACACAGAUUUUGGACUUAAAGUAAGGAAUGUCCCUUUUUAAAAAGCAUUUUAUCCAUCAUGCUAGAAAAGGGAGUGCUUUUUCCUCCAGAAACAAUGCAAAUUCUUAGUCUUCUUCAGUUGUGUUAAGUCCUGUGACAUACUUGAACAUAUUUAAUGUACAAAUAGAACAGAUCCAGUGUACACAUGCAGAGAUGUACUGUAUCUUAUCACAGCGUGUGUGGGAAAUAUAACUUCAGGUCGUUGCUGUUAAUAUUUGCAUUAUAGGUCUGAUUUUGUAAAUGUGCCCAGCAUCGUGUACCGUAUGUUGCUUGCUCCACUGCACUCUUAUGCCUGUCCUCUUGUUUGUUAUUAACAUAUAGAUUGAUAGUCACUGAACCACAGAGUACUGAUUUUGAAACUCAAACUGAAAGGAGCAAAAAUAUGCUGAUUAUGAAGUAGUUUGAAAAGUGAAAAUCAAAGGAAGCGUGUGAGUGAAAUGUGCACCCAUCAUUGUUUGCAGCUGUCUGUUUUUAGUUAAGGCAACGACCAAUACAAGCUUGUACAGGUCUUUUUGAACACACAUCCCCUCCCUGUGUAGAUUGUUCUAAUUACUAGCUGAAACCACCUUUAAUGACCAACAUUAAAGAGGUGACCUCAGUUUGGGCAGAGACAACUGAGCUAUGUAUAAGAGUGCUUUUACAUCAUUCUGUAUGCAGUUUUGACAAAGCCAUGGGUAAAAUGCCUGAGUCCCGAUGAUAAUGAUGAAUAUUCUUGUUAAUGCCUUACCACAGAUCUAUUACCUGUUCAAAACCCUGAUUUUAUUCCCCUAUUAGUUGACGUACCAUGGGUUUGUUGUACUCAGCCCACCGCUCAUUGCCUGUCCUUUCCUGAAUAUGCCCUCCAUCCUCUUUAUUAAGAGUCCCAUGUUUUUAUCUCACAAACAUAACAGGUGUGUGGGUGUGGGUGUGGGUGUGGGUGUGGGGCAAUGCUGAAUGUUUGUUAAAAAAAUAACCCCUCACAAGAAAAGACUUGCUUGUCAUGUCACUUUUACCUCCAUACAUGUCACUCCUACUCUGUCAUGUGUAUGCCUACAUGCCUAUGAGUCCCUUAGUGUAGUUUUACAGUGUGAAAAGUUACUUCAAAGUUUAUCCGUUUGGAUUGAAACAAGAUUGUGCCCAUAUGUGUGUCGCUGUAUGCAGUGGAAUUAAAGUGUUUUUUUUUUCUUGCUAGAAUUGGCCCUUGACUUGUCUUUGGUGAUCUUCUCAAUAGUUAAUUUCCUCAUUGGACAGAGUGAUGAAGUAUAAACCCACUAUCUAAUCUAAAUCUACUACUAUAUGCCAGUUUAAAUAUAUUCAAUGUGUGUCUCUACUUAAGAUGUCGAACCUUACACAGCAUUCUCUGCCAAAUGCAUCCCUUUAUCCUGAUAAUAAGUUAGGAGGAGAAUUUAGUUAAGGAUUUUCCACAGAGAAUUGAAUGACUUUGUUUCUCUUGUAGAGUUUAUGGGUUUCUCAACAUUAUACUUCUGUGUUGGGGCAAGCCCACCACCACUACCUGUAUUUUAUUUUUUUGUCAUAUUAGGACUUGUAAAUAAAGAUUGGCUGAUGUUUUCAAACU